CUCUGCUCAGAAGGACUUCUUCGUCGCCUCGGAGCCCGGGAGCGGCGUCCCAAGUCUGUCGGAAGAAUUCGCGCCACGGUCUGCCUGAGGAGUUUGCAUCCCGCAACGAGAUGAAUGGCGUGAGGCCUAGGCGGGGCCGCGUCUCUCCCUCAGGAGCCCCCGCCAGGCCCCGCUCCACACUGUCCCUUGGAAGGUGGUAGUUUGUGUGAGGGGGACAGGCCCCCCCGGUUCCCGAAGAUGGAGCUUGGGAACGUCAGCGACGCCGGCCGGCUGGGCUCCUGCUUCCGCGGAAAGAACGUCAGUGACGGGAACCGGGGUUACCUCACCUCGCCCUGGUUCUCCACCAUCUUCGGCCUCAUCGGCCUCUCCUCCAACCUCUUUGCCUUCUGCGUGCUGGUCAACUCCUCGCGGAAGAUGCACAGCCGCGCCCGGUCCUCCUUCCUGGUCUUCCUCUGCGGCCUGGUGGUGACGGAUUUCAUGGGCCUCCUGGUGACCUCCUGCAUCGUGGUUCCCUACCACUUCAUCCAGUUCGACUGGAGGAACGUGGACCCGGGUUGCCACCUCUGCAACUUCAUGGGCCUCGCCAUGGUCUUCUUUGGGCAGUGCCCCCUCUUGCUGGGCGCCACCAUGGCCGGGGAACGCUUCCUGGGCAUCUACCGGCCCUUCUCCCGCUCGGUCAACAUGUCGAAACGCCGGGCCUGGAUCCUGGUGUGCUUGGUGUGGGCCUUGGGGUUCUUCCUAGGCCUGCUGCCCAUCUUGGGCCUCGGGGACUACACGCUACAGUUCCCCAACUCCUGGUGCUUCCUCACGCUGCUCCACGAUGCCGGGAACAGGGCCUUCUGUCUCAUCUUCGCCCUGCUGGGCAUCUUCUGCGUGGGCCUCUCUUUCUUCCUCAACACGUUCAGCGUCGUGACCCUCUGCCGGGUCUACCACGACUCAGAGUCGGUACAACGCCGGAGAGACAGUGAAGUGGAGAUGAUGGUCCAGUUGCUGAUUAUCAUGGUGAUUGCCAGCGCCUGCUGGCUCCCCCUGCUGAUCUUCAUCGUACAGACGGCCCUUCAGAAUGCCGAUCAUAUCUCCCGACAGACGGAGAACUCACUGCUCAUCUACUUGCGGGUGGCCACCUGGAACCAGAUCCUCGAUCCUUGGGUCUACAUCCUCUUCCGCCGGGCGGUCCUGAAGCGCAUCUACCCCAGCCUCAAAACCCGCCCCUCCAUCGUCUCCCUCUACCCAGUCCUCAACACCUCACUGCGGCAGAAGUUUACCCAGGAGUCUGUGCUCCAGUAAGAAGGGGCAGGACGGCUCGAUUCUGUGGUCCCUCCCCCAAAUGAAGGCAGCGCCCAGUGGCUAUAAUCAUAGCCUUCCUCCUAUCCCCCUUCUAUCGCUUGAACCGGGCCCUUGCAAUAUGCUGGGAGCAUGUCCCCAGCCCCUGCCCCGUGCCACCCCGUCUGUGUCUCCCUCACCCCAGGCCUGACAUUCAGCCCUGCUAGCCGCACCAGUAGUCCUUGACGUAGCAUCUUACCAAACCCAGCGGAAAGGACCUAUCCCAGAAUUCCUUGCUGCUCCCGCCUUGUACCAUGUGGACCACAUGGGGGUGGAAGAAGCGGGGGAUUCUCUGUUCUCCUGAGGAGAUAUGGAAGCCAACCACCUAAUUUGGGCCCUCUGGAUCCUGCCCCUGGCCCUGGCCUGGCAUAAACGGACGGAUGGACACUUUAAGCCAGUAACGGAAGACCCAAGCUGAUUGACCGACUUGGGUGUGUGUGUGUGUGUGUGGUUUAGCAGACUUACAAACGGGGAAGGGAGACGGCAGGAGGAUACGAGCAUGUCAAAAUGUACGGAGGC